GCGGCGCGGGCGGAGAGACGCGGGACCGGCCGGACUGCCCUGCCCGGGGCUCUUACAGAGGAGAAGAGAGAAAAAAAAGAUGAGUAAUUUGAAAAAUUCAAGCCUGCUGUGCCACCUGUGAUGGGCAUGGUUGGCAAGACAGGGAAUUUGGACUGAAAAGAUGACUAAUACUCUGCUAUAAGCCAUUUACUCUCCUGGAAAGAUGAAAACCUACUGUUAAAAAAAAAAAGUCUUUUCCCCAAGUAAAUUAAUAUUAUCAAAUCUAUUAUUAGGCAACAGAUACCAAACAAAAAUACUAAUUCUGGUCUAAGACAAUUGUUUACAAAACAGAUAGUUACUAGAAAAUUAUUAUAUCUGAGAACUCCAACUCUUAAACAAAAGGCUUCAGCUAAAUUUAACACUUUUUUAACCUAUGUAUGACUUGUAUUUUAGUGCAGCAGCAGCACUCUAUUUGCCUUGGAAUGCAGUGUGUUCAAUUCAGCAAGUCCAUCUGAGUAGAUUUCCAUCAAUACUACAUCCUCUAUAAGCCAUAUGGGAAGUCACUGAAAUGUGCUGACGCAUACUUAGCUAUGAAGUAAUUUUGUCUAAGAGCAGGUUAUUUCCUAAUUGUUCACCACUUGUUUCUUGGGUCAUGUCUAUUGUGUGUCAUGCAAUAAAAAUCACAUUCCAUUCAGAGCCAGGAUGAGCCACGUGGGUUCCUUUUACCUUCCAAGGGCAAGAAGAACUACUGACAGAUAUUAUUUAGUGGACUUGUUUUGAAAUAUCUGUUGUUCCUCAAACAACUGAAGUAAAAGCUUCAUCCUGUAAGGCCCUACUCAAGGCUGAAAAGAUUACUGACUAGACUUUUCGUAAGCCACAAGAAGGUAUUAAGUAGCAGCUGCCAUUUAUGAAUGCUGCAAGAAGAAAAAAUGUACACUGCCUUCCUUCCCAGCAGCUGGCCAUGAAAUAUGGAUGCUGUGCUCAGACUGCUUCAUCAUUUCACCCUUUGUUCCCAGACUCUGAUCACAGAAUCACAGAAUAUCCUGAGCUGGAAGGAACACACAAGGAUCAUCGAGCCCAACUCCUAAGUGAACAGCCCAUAUGGGGAUAGAGUGUGGAUAUACAAAUGUUAAAGCUGAGAUAAAGUUAUUUCUAUAACUUUUUAUUCUUAGGCUAUUUCUACAUAGUUAACAGGCUUCAGAACAUUUGCAUGGCAAUGUUAGGCAAUGUUUGUAGGACUCCCUUUUGUAUGUGUAUGGGGCUAACAGAAAGGGGAUAUAUGCACAUGCAUAGUUUUUGAUUUUUAGAGUGGAUUUUCUUUCUUGUCUGAAAUCCCAUAUUAUACGCACUUGUCUGUGCCUGCAGUCUUAUUGCAACAGGACAAUUUGCAUGUUUCUCAUGCAUCAUGGGAAAGCUUGUCACUGUGGUGAUUAAUACCAGUAAGUAGCACAGUAACAAGAAAAGAUGAGCACUGAACAUGCCCUCAGCUGACUGUUCUUGCUGGGUAUCUGCCUUCAAAGUUGUAACCUCUGCAGUCAUCACCUGGCCUGUAUUUCCUGUGUGUGCAUUUGGGUGUACACAUCAUGAUGGACUGCAGAAGGAACUUCAUAUUCACAAGGACACAUUUACCUAGCCCAAAAAUACAAAUGUGCAAGUACAUGUUCCAGUUUAGAUAUAUGUAGCAUUUUAAAAUAAAAUAAGACUGACAGCUAAUCUAUUAAACCUCACAGUCUUAGAAUUAAGGUAGCUAUAUACUUGUGGUUAUUACUCCCAAGUAGUUGCUGUCUUGAUAUUCUAAUGUGUUAGAUGUCUCCUACAUAGACUUGUGCAAGUAGUUGAAUAUAUUUAAUGUUCAUGGUCAGCUUAGCAAACUUUUUAUCUAAGGCUGAUUACCAGAACAAUUUAAAUGGGACCUUUGGACAUUGUCUAAUCCAGGCCUGCUCAAAAUGCACAGUUAGGUUCCUGAGGGUCAUGUCAAGUAGAGUUUUAAAUAUCUUCAAGGAUGCUGAUUCCAAAACUUUUCUGGGCACCUUUUCCAUUGUUUCUAAGUGUUUGGGGUUUCCUUCUUUUUUGACCUUCCCCCCAUCUUGUAUCUGGCUAGCUCUUCUCUUGUUUCCACUUAGGUCUGUUGCAUCUUGUGCUAUUGCUGUACAUUUCCAUGAAGGGAAAAUGCCUUGCAUUAAGCAGUUAGUGAUGACAACAAGAUCUCCCUUGAGCUUCCUGUUUCUCAGGUUGAACAUUCCCAACUCUCUCAGCCUCUCUUCAUAUGUCAGGUGCUCCAGCACUUCUGACCACCUCUGUUGCCUCCCCAUGGCUCAUCCCAGUGUCUGUGUGGAGUGACACUCCACAUGUGGUCUCUCAAGUGUCAGACAGGAGGGAUUGGGUCCCUUUCCUUCCUCACUUUUGCUGCUUCAGCCUGGAUGCAUGCCUCGUGUUCCCCUACCAGCACACCGAGGUCCCGCAGAGCUGCUUCCCCAUCAGAGAACCCAACUUCUACUGCUGCACCAGGCACUGUAUGAAGGGAGAGACUGAUGCUCAUUUUACAGACUGAGGUCUGAAGCUAUCUCUAACAACCAGACAUGUACCAUAUAUUAAUAUAUUGCUGUUCAAAUUACAAACAAUACAAUCAACGUAUACGUAGAUGCAAACUUUGCUGAGUAACAACAGCAUCUGACAAAGGAGGCCAACUUUUCUAAACCAUGAUUUGUUAAGUUGAAAUGUCUCAAAUUGCUGUUCCCCUUGCUCUCCCUGCUUAUUUAUUUCAGCUCUUUAGUGUCAGUUCUGUCCCUGACACCAUCCAAGGAAAGCUUGAAAGUUAUUGUCCUCUCUUGGGAAGAUCUGGUUCUCCUUUGUUUGAAGUGAGAAUUUGAAAUAGGAAAAGACCUCUGUUAAAAGUUAUUCACAUCCUGUCCUUCCUAGAUAAGGAAGAGCAUGUUGAAAAUGUGAAGAUGAAGUAGGAAGUAGGCUAGGUGAUGCGCUUUGGAAACAAAGAGUAAAAGACAGGACUUGGGGAGAAUGAAAGAAAGUGCCAAAAAGUGCCUGAUUUUGCAGGACUCUGAAGUCAGGCUUAAAUAGAUGGCAUCCAUUUGUUAGGACAAAAGUGUGAACACUUCAGCUGUGGAGACAUAUCCCAGACAGAUACAGGUCCUCAAUGCAGAGCUAAAAGAUACUAAUGUUGACUACCUUAAACAUAAGUUUUGGUAUGUAGAUACAAAUUAUGUAGGCUUUUAGAACUAAGUACUGGGGAGCUGGGAAAAACCCAGGGUGAAGACUGUAAGUGCAACUGCAACUUGAUCUCUCUGUUCCACUUAUAACUAGACUCUACUGGAUCUGCUGGAUCACAGAGAUUGUGUGUGAUGCUGUCCAUGUCACUGGAGAGGAGCUCUUCAUAAGUGGCCUUGAUCCAUGUGUUCAUUCACUGAUGUCCAGCUUGUUCCUUCGCGAUCUUACUCAGCAAAAUGCUUGGGGCUUGCAGCAGUGACUGAUGUCAAAAGGGGCUGACUUCUGAAGAUUCCAGGCAGGAUGAAAGAUCGUUUAAGUGAGCUGCGUGAAUUUGCCAGGUUACACAACCAACAGUUUUCUGAUAGCGAUGAUGAUGAAAAUUCACCCCAGGAUAUUCUCCUUUAUGAGACGGAUUAUGCCUUGGAAAUCCUUCAUAAGGACAUACAGAGCAUCCGGACAGAAAAUGACCACCUAAAAGCGGAUGUCAACCGUCUCAGAAAGCAAAACACCCGCUUCCUUACUUCCAUGCGCCGUCUUAGUAGCAUCAAACGAGAUACUAAUUGUAUUGCCAGAGACAUUAAGAGCCGUGGAGAAAGCAUCCACAGGAAACUGCAGGUAAUGAGAGAUUUCUGUGAAGAUGCAAUAACAAAAUACGGAGCUAUGUCUGUCAUUGCGAGGGUGGCGAAGAACCACUAUGUUGACCUCAUGCACACAUUUCAGGAUGCUAUGUUUGAUUACAAUGCAACAGAGAUGAACCAGCGGGAGAACUGCAAGAUUCGAAUUCAGCGGCAGCUGGAGAUCAUGGGCAAAGAAGUUUCUGGCCACCAGAUUGAGGAGAUGAUUGAGCAAGGCAAAUGGGAUGUCUUCUCUGAGAAUCUCUUGUCGGAUGUUAAGGGAGCUCGCGCAGCCUUGAAUGAGAUAGAGACGCGGCACAAGGAACUGGUGAAGUUAGAAGGUCGCAUUAAGGAAGUUCAUGAGCUCUUUCUGCAGGUGGCCCUCCUAGUGGAGGAACAGGCAGACACCUUUGAUGUUAUUGAGAUAAAUAUGCAAAAUGUUGAGGACUAUGUAGGAGAUGCUAAAGACCAAGUGAAAAGAGCUUUGGAAUACAGGAGAAGACAUCCCCUCAGAACAAUACUCUGCUGCUGCUUAUCAUGUUGUAGAAGGUGAUGGUCCCACUGGACCCACAAGACUGACUUGAACAUCUUCAAAAUCAGGUGUUCUUUCCAGAGACUGUUCUGUAAUGACAAGCCCUAGAAACAGGGGGGAUAUUUUGCAGUUGGUUUUGUUCAUUGCCUUUUUACUAAAUGUGCUGAAGGCUGUUUCUAUUUCUGAACUCCUAGAAAUGUUGAUAAAACUAUUUUUAAUCUAAUUUUUAUUGAAAUGUUCUGUUACUGUAACUAGAGGUGCAAUAUCUCUACAAUGAUGCUCAUUUCCUAUAGGCAAGAAAGAAGAAUGAAUAACUUAUCAUAGGGAAGAUGAAUACUUUCAAAAAGUAACUUUAUUCUUAUUUGUCAAGUGAGGCUGCAGGUGGUGAAGCCUUGUUGCUUGGGGCAACACAGUACACCACAGAAUCAGGAGGUUUCAGUUUUAACUAGUUUGGAGGCUGCUUGAUACAAAUUUGACAAAAUACUGAGCCUGGAGCAGCAGCAGGACACAGAACCAGUUUCUCUUUCAACUUGAUUUUCAGCUGUCAGGAAUCUUAACAGAAGUGGCUGCACCUUAAAUGAGAAUAUGCAAAUUUUUCUCCAUUUGUGUGCAAAUGACUGCUUUUUUUCCAUUUUGAGUACCCAACUCUCUCAAGGUGGCUAAAAGCACUGCAACACUGAGGCAUCUCACUCUUAACUUGAGCCACUCUCUGGACUCUCAGUUUCAAACCUGCCAUGCUUUCAUGUUCUGAUGCAUUCUUCUGCCAAUUAACACUUCAGGCAGAGGAGAAACAUGGAGUGGCCUUCUGCAGAAACACGUGUAAGAGGACAACAGUUAUGGGGUUGAGAAAGCAUUUCAGGAUCUCCUGUACUGGCACAUACAGAAGAGGCAGGUUUUAGUGGAAUGACUAGCCUGUCAGUACACUUUUAUUUUUUAUAAGCAUUGACCAAAUAUGGGUUUUUUUAUAUCUAUUUUAAAUAAGAUGAAGGAUUUUUUUUUUAAUAUGCAAUUUUACUUGUGUACAAAGAUUUUGACUUUUCUCCAAUUGUUGGGAAAUCUCCACCUGGGAAAGCAAACACAACUAUUUCUUCAGUAUAUCUGAAGAAGAAAGAAAACAGUUUCAUGCCAUUUCAGUGCUCUUUUCAACCUUAAAAGGAAACUCUCCUUUUGUUGGACCCUGCCCUUACAAAAGGGGAAACCAGUAUUUUUGGAGUAUUGCAAGGAAAUAAAAAAAGUGCAGUCCUGGUAAGCACUGAGCAUUGUCAGUGAAACAUAUUCACAAAGUCUGGUGAUUGAUCACAGCUCCUGCUUCUGGAGGUUUUCCAGCUGUAUUUCUAGGUGGCUUCCUACACUGUGAUCUAUUGCUAUCCUUUGAAAUAAUGCAGGACAUUUUUUCAGAAAUUAAUUUUUUUUAACUGAUAGUCCUAUUUAUACCAAUUUUAAUAAAUAUAUUUCAACAUUUCAAAUAUUUUGUAUUUGAGAGUUUUCCUCAGAUGUGCAUAGAUGUACACCUUCCUGCACCAGUUGCAGUGAAACUUCUCCCUUCUUACCUUUUGCACUUUGAUUUUAUGUGUGAAAAAAAAAAACCCAAACAUUUCUUACUAUUUGUAUUAAUAUAACAAAACAGUAAAAUAAAUCCAACUUCCAAGUUUUCAUAUCUUACUGGGAAACAAUUUUAGCCAGACAGGCUUUUUUACACAAAUAGAAACCAAAGGGAUAACUCUUCUCAGAAACUGAGUGUCCCUUUUGCUGUAGCACCUGUCUCUGAUAACAUGGAAGAGUGAGGAACACCGAUCUCCUAAACUAUAAGAUAUUUUUGAUAUUCAGUAGUGUACUGGUAAUAUCAGUGUUAUGCUUGUCUGAGGAUGUCUCCAGUGAGGUGUUCAAACUUGAAAUGGGAGAAAGGAGGGUGAUGAGCUGGGACCACAGCCAGUGGCUUUGGUGCUACUCAAGAAGACAAAGUUGUUUACUCUGUAGGUACUGCCAUUAAGUCAGUGGAACUGUGCAUUUGUAGGGAAAUACCCUAAACCUCCGAGAGUCAGCAUGUGGGGAUAAAUCAAUGAAGAAUUAAAUACUGUAUUUCCUUUCACAUGCAUAUUCCUAGCACUUACCAAUGUUUUUGAUAAAAAAUAUGGGGGUUUUUUUGUGCUGGUUCCUUUUUUGCAUCUACAAAUGGAAUAAAAGAUU